UCUUCUAAUCUGUUCUCAAAACUCCGUUACUCUGGUAAUUGUCCAUCGACGCCUGAUACCACCAUGGAUCCCUCGUCUCUCAACCCAGAAACCUCCAAAAAGGGAGGCGAUGUUGAGCGAGUCGGUUCAAUAGACAUUGGCGGAGUUAGUGUAACCAAAAGUGACAUUCCGGAGCUCGACGGUGAUGCCUUGACAGCUGCUAUCUUGGACUCUGUCAAUCAUCGCCGCUCGAACCCUCGACAUAUCCAACUGACAGCCUUCGCCGGCUCAAUCGGCGCUGCUCUUUUUGUCGCUAUUAGUUCUGGAGUCCUUUCUGGACCUUUGUGUCUUCUGCUGGCCUUCAUGUUCUGGGUCACGGUUGUCUUCUCUGUUGCACAAUGCCAGAUGAAGAUCGUAACACUCUUCCCUCUUGAUGGAUCCUUCAUUCACCUAGCUGGUCGCAUGGUUGAUCCAGCCCUUGGGGUAGCUAUUAGAUGGAACCACUUGACUUCCUAUGUCAUCUUCGAGGCUACAAUCAUCAACACUCUUGUCGAAUACUGGGGCUACGAUGAAUCACCCGCCACCCUCAUUCCUAUGUCUCUAGUGUUCUACCUGGCGAUCAACGUUUGGCGAGCAGACCUCUUUGGUGAGGCAGAGUUCUGGCUAGCCUUGGCCAAGGUCAUUCUUGCUGCUGGCUUGAUAUUGUACACAAUUGUUGUCAUGCUAGGAGGCAACCCACUCAACGACCGCUUCGGAUUUCGAUACUGGAAAGACCCUGGAGUAUGGGCUGGUGACGAUGCAGGCUCACGCCUCAAGUCAUUUAUUAACGCUGUCAACGUCGCCGGUUUUGUCAUGGGAGAUCCAGAGUAUAUUUCGAUGAUUGCCGGUGAAGCACGGGAUCCUCGUCGCACUGUCCCACGUGCUUUCAAGACCAUCAUUCCCCGUUUGAUGAUUUUCCCUCAUUGGUGGCUGCCUCUGCGUCGGUGCGGCGCAGACACAUACAGCGGUGCCUCUCCAUACGUCAUCUCAAUGGAACGCCUUCAGAUUCCCGUCCUUCCAUCCAUUGUCACGGCUGUCCUGAUUACGACUAUCGUCUCGGCUGGCAACGCGUACACCUUCAAUGCUUCUCGAAGUCUCCACGCCCUGGCCCUUGAAGGACAAGCGCCUAAGUUCCUGCGCAGACUGAACAAUAAGGGAGUGCCUUAUCUCGCAGUCAUCGUCGUAAUGACGCUGGCUUGUUUGGCGUUCCUGGCCCUUGGUUCGACCAGUGCCAAGGUACUUAACUGGAUCUUGAAGUCAGUGAACUGGACUGUCAUGGCAAUUACAUGGAUCCGAUUCAACGCUGCGAUGAAGGCCCAAGACAUUGACAGGGAGACAUUCCUACCUGUCAGAUCCCGCUUUCAGCCAUACGCUGGCUAUUGGGCAUUUUUCUGCGCAUUCAUCUUUCUGUGCACGGCAACUUUCAUCUUCAAUUACGGUAUCAUUGCUCUAGCGGGUAGUAUUGGUCUUGGGUGGAAGCUCUUCAAGAAGACUCGGUUUCAUCGUGCUUCAGAGGUUGAUCUGGUUUCGCACUUGUAUUUCUUCGGUGUACUCACAGAACACUACCGUCACGAGCGCGAGACUGCACCUCAAAAUCUUAAGGAUAAGAUUCUUGCAAGCAUCUUUUGA